CGCGCCCACAGCCCCGGCGGCGGCACGACGAGCGGCGGCCCGGCGAGCGCGCCGCCCCGCUCGGCCCUCCCGCACCGGCCGCCGCCGCUUUUCCGCGUCCGCAGUCGUCCGCGUGUCCUCCCGCACCAUGUCGGUGGCUGGGCUCAAGAAGCAGUUCCAUAAAGCCACUCAGUGUUUUGUAGUGUAUUCUGCUGAAGAGGCCACCAGCUGCCUUGUCUCCUUCACCCUUGCCUCCAGGGGACCGGCAGGAAUGACUAUCCAAAUGGUGGACCUUGCCUUCCAGAAAGUGAGUGAGAAGGUUGGAGGAGCUGAAGGAACCAAGCUAGAUGAUGACUUCAAAGAGAUGGAAAGGAAAGUGGAUGUCACCAGCAGAGCUGUGAUGGAAAUAAUGACUAAAACAAUUGAAUAUCUUCAACCCAAUCCAGCUUCCAGAGCUAAACUCAGCAUGAUCAACACUAUGUCAAAAAUCCGCGGCCAAGAGAAAGGACCAGGCUACCCCCAGGCAGAGGCGCUGCUGGCAGAGGCCAUGCUCAAGUUCGGAAGAGAGCUGGGAGAUGAUUGCAACUUUGGCCCCGCCCUUGGAGAGGUGGGGGAGGCCAUGCGGGAACUCUCAGAGGUGAAAGACUCUUUGGACAUGGAAGUAAAGCAGAACUUCAUUGACCCCCUUCAGAAUCUUCAUGACAAAGAUCUAAGGGAAAUUCAGCAUCAUCUAAAGAAGUUGGAGGGUCGACGCCUGGACUUUGAUUAUAAGAAGAAGCGACAAGGCAGGAUUCCCGAUGAAGAGCUCCGUCAGGCUCUGGAAAAAUUUGAUGAGUCUAAAGAAGUUGCUGAGUCAAGCAUGUUCAAUCUCUUGGAGAUGGAUAUUGAACAGGUGAGCCAGCUUUCUGCGCUUGUCCAGGCCCAGCUGGAGUAUCAUAAGCAGGCAGUCCAGAUCCUGCAGCAAGUUACCGUCAGACUGGAAGAAAGAAUAAGACAAGCUUCAUCUCAGCCUAGAAGGGAAUACCAGCCCAAACCACGAAUGAGCCUGGAGUUUCCAACUGGAGAUAGUACUCAGCCCAAUGGGGGCCUCUCCCAUACGUCCACCCCCAAACCUGCAGGUGCCCCAAUGGAUCAGCCUUGCUGCCGAGCUCUGUACGACUUUGAACCUGAAAAUGAAGGGGAGUUGGGUUUUAAAGAGGGUGACAUCAUCACACUCACUAAUCAGAUUGAUGAGAACUGGUACGAGGGGAUGCUUCAUGGCCAGUCAGGCUUCUUCCCCAUCAAUUAUGUGGAGAUUCUGGUUGCCCUGCCCCAUUAGGGUGUUGUGCUGACUGGCUCACCUCCUCUUGACCCAGAUAGUUAAGUGUAACCACUGCUUUGGUAAUGCUGCUUCUGACACAUCCCAAGCGCAGGCCGCAGUGGUCCGAGUUGCCACGCCCCACCGAGCAUCUUUGGCUGACUUGUGCAGUCCCACAAGGGUCAUGGUGAUCGGUGGUAUCUUCUUAGCCUGGUGGGCAUGGCAUGUGCUUUUUAAAUACCAUCUGAGACCAGCCAGUAGUCACAGAACUGCUAUUUACACAGUUCUCAGGAGGCUGUGGCUUCUUACAAAAGGACCAUGAGCCACAUCCCAGAAAAACCAUCCUAUUGAAGAUACUAUCUAUCACCCAGGGGCCUUCCCAAGGUCUCAGGUUCUCCAUUUAAGGAGAAAGAUCUUGCUUUCACAUUGCUCCCUCCCAAGUAUGUGAGUCACAGAAUUGUGGAAGAAAGCCUUACUCACCAGCAAAUUGUCUUCUGAUCUGAAUGAGUUAGUCCCUUGAUGCUAUUGGCAGAAAGUGUUGAUUGUGGGCACAACAGCCGUUUCUGACAACAGUCGCCUUUGUUCCUCCUCCUAACACCUGUUUCUGAGGUAUAGCCAGUUUUCUUCCCUCCCUGCUAAUAAAGCCAGAGGGCACUCCCAUUUUAUUUCUAAGUAAGACAAUUAGCAGUCAGCAUAUUGUGGGACAGGCUGACAGAAGAGAUUUGCCAUUGUGAGGAAUUGGGAGUAGAUACGGUUCCAAGAUGAACUUGCUUGCUCUGUAGAGAAGCCAUGUAUGUACAUGGCCAUUUCUGAAAGUAAAGGAAAGGGGAACAAAUACCUUCACCUCAGUUUUAUUUAUUAACUGUGUGUUUCAUGAAUCCAUUUGGCACAGAGACACAAGGAGAAAACACUAGAAACCAUUUUCGUGCUAGUUCAUAGACUAAGAAACAGUAACUUUCCACUUUUACCUUGUGUUCUUUGAACAUCAUUUGUGCAUAUUCUGCCCUCAAUGAGGACCAAAUAAAGAUGAUUUUUGUGCUUAGAAGUUUAAGAUGUGUGGCUGCAUAUGCAAUCUUUCCCUCAAUCCAGUCAUCACUUUCAUUUCUGCCCCUUCUUUCUCACCUUCCUGUUGUGUGGACAGUGCUGUGCGUAAGCUUAUGAGUGUUUUGUUUUGUUUUGUUGAUAUCCAUCCUUAAAGCCCUGUUAGGCACUCAGAGUUCUAUUUACCCAGCUGUACAGACGUUCAGAGAUUUAAUGUGCUGCUUCAGACCUGCCGCCUGUGGUAGUGGUUCAUGUGAAGUGAAAGGCAAAUCUUACUGCUUAAUGUAGAAAACUCUUACCAUGGGAAGCACUGCUGUUUCCAAUAAACACUGCUGAAGACAGAACCAAA